UUUGCAGAGGAGGAAUCCAAGCUUAAAAUUUGAUGAAGAAUCCCACGAAGUGAAGAAUACAAGACUUUCUCCAACAGAUAUAUUAUUAAACAAGAUGAACGAGAAAGCAGGACAUGGGUUGUGUAGGGAAGAUGCAGAAGAUGAUGACGAUAAGGAGCUUCCAAGUCGAAAAGUCAGCCAUGGAUUCCAUUUGGUCAGGGGAAAAAUGGACCAUGGAAUGGAAGAUUAUAUUGUGACAGAAAAUCGGAAAGUGAAUGGAUAUGACUUGGGUUUAUAUGCAAUUUUUGAUGGACAUUCAGGUCGUGAAGUUGCAGAAUACUUGCAAUCCCAUCUGUUUGAUAACAUAUUAAAUGAGCCUGAUUUUUGGACAAACCCAAAACAAGCAGUCAGGAGAGCUUAUAAAGCUACAAAUGAUGAGAUUUUGGAAAAGGUAGUUGGUUCAAGAGGAGGAUCGACAGCUGUUACAACAAUACUAAUCAAUGGAGAGAAACUGAUUGUAGCGAAUGUCGGGGAUUCUCGGGCAGUUUUAUGCAGAGAUGGUGUAGCAAAACAGAUAACUGUGGAUCACAACCCGGCGACAGAGAAGGAGAAGGAUCUUGUUGAAAGCAGAGGUGGUUUUGUAUUGAAAAGGCCAGGAACUGUUCCGCGUGUGGAUGGCCAACUAGCUAUGACAAGGGCAUUUGGGGAUGGAAAACUGAAGGAUCACGUAACUUCAGAACCAGAUAUAAAAGUUAAGAAGAUCGACGAUGAAACAGAUUUCAUCAUUUUGGCAAGUGAUGGCUUGUGGAAGGUAAUGUCAAACCAAGAGGCUUACGAUUGCAUUGGAGAAUUAGAUGAUGCUCAAGAAGCAGCUGAGGAGUUGAUUGAAGAAGCAUUAUCUAGGGAAAGCUAUGAUGAUGUCUCCUGCAUAGUUGUUGUCUUUCACUAA